AAUUCUGUUUUUAGCUCAUCUGAUUUUUUGAAAAAAAUGAUGAGUUAUUGUCAUCACUUGAGCGGUUGUCGGCGUCGGCGUCGGUGUCGGCGUCGGCGUCGGCGUUGCCUGGUUAAGUUUUAUGUUUAGGUCAGCUUUUCUCCUAAACUAUCAAAGCUAUUGCUUUGAAACUUGGAAUACUUGUUCACCAUCAUAAGCUGACCCUGUAUAGCAAGAAACAUAACUCCAUCUUGCUUUUUGCAAGAUUUAUGGCCCCUUUUGUACUUAGAAAAUAUCAGAUUUCUUGGUUAAGUUUUAUGUUUAGGUCAACUUUUCUCCUAAACUAUCAAAGCUAUUGCUUUGAAACUUGGAAUACUUGUUCACCAUCAUAAGCAGACCCUGUACAUCAAGAAACAUAACUCCAUCUUGCUUUUUGCAAGAUUUAUUGCCCCUUUUGGACUUAGAAAAUCAGUUUUCUUGGUUAAGUUUUAUGUUUAGGUCAGCUUUUAUCCUAAACUAUCAAAGCUAUUACUUUAAAACUUGCAACACUUGUUCAACAUCAUAAGUUGACCCUGUACAGCAAGAAACAUAACUCCAUCCUGCUUUUUGCAAGAUUUAUGGCCCCUUUUGGACUUAGAAAAUAUCAGAUUUCUUGGUUAAGUUUUAUGUUUAGGUCAACUUUUUCUCUUAAACUAUCAAAGCUAUUGCUUUGAAACUUGCAACACUUGUUGACCAUCAUAAGCUGACCCUGUACAGCAAGCAACAUAACUCCAUCCUGCUUUUUGCAAUAAUUAUUGCCCCUUUUGGACUUAGAAAAUCAUUUUCUUGGUUGAGUAUUAUGUUUAAGCCAACUUUUCUCAUAAACUAUCAAAGCUAUUGCUUUAAAACUUGCAACAGUUUUUCACCAUCAUAAGUGGACACUGAACAUCAAGAAACAUAACUGUAUCCUGCUUUUUGCAAGAAUGAUGGCCCUUUUUAGACUUAGAAAAUCAUGGGUAGGACAAUAUUUCUAUUACACAAAAAAAAUCAGAUGAGCGUCAGCACCCGCAAGGCGGUGCUCUUGUUUGUUCUUUCUGGUCAAAAGUCUGAAUUUUAUACCCAUUGUAUGUAUCACUUAUUUUCUCUUAGAAAGAAAUCAGUAAUCAAGAUCGCGCUGUUUGAAAAUUAACAAAUGAUUAUAUGAAAAUUCGACCGUUUCAUACAAAUUUGCUUACAUUUCCGUUGAUAUUUUAUUGAAAUCUUAAUAGCACUUGUUUGCGUUCUAAAAAUAGAACUUUAUUGAUCGAUAUCCCACAAUGCACCGCGCGUGUAACACAGAUUGCGGACAAAGGUUACAGUGUAAAUAAAUAGAACGCUGUGUGAAAACUGACAGUAUUGCAAUUUCUAACUAAAUUUCAAAGUUUGUGACAAUGGAUAGUAGUGAGAGGAAGAGGAAAAUAGGUGCAACAAAACAUUGCGCAUAUGGAACGUGUAAUAGUGACUCUAGAUAUCCGGAACGAGCUGAAAUGCGUGAUGUGUUUUUCAUCAGAUUUCCUAAGCCAGGAAAAGACUUCGAAAAAUGUCAGCGAUGGGUGAAGGCUUGUUGCAGGGUAGGAUUUGAUGAGACCUGGGUGAAGAAAGACACUUAUAUCUGCAGUCUACAUUUUGUAGGUGGAAAUGGGCCAACAGAUUUACACCCGGAUCCGAUCCCGGCUAACGCCACAAAAUAUGAUGUACAACGGAUUAAGAAGACACCAAGAAGACGGAUACAAAGGCGUCUGAUAUUGAAAGAAUCACCAAACACUGUCCUUAAACAGACUAGGUCAGAUAAUAAUCAAGCAUCACAACAACCUUUCAACACACCGCAUGGCCAAGAGACAGAUGAUCAUGAUAUUGCGACAAUUCUGCUGUCAUUGAGUGAAAAGGUUGAUAACAAAGAGAACAUCCCAGACGAGGAAAAUGAGCAGCCAUACAAUAAUCGAUACAUGACUGAAGCGAGGGUUUCCAGUGAAAUCUUUACCGCAAGAAAACUGUGUACAAAAAGUUCCCAGACGGAAGCAGGAAGUUCCCAAGAGAUAGCACUUCGAAUAAAGAACAAAAUUUUAGAGAAUGAAAAUGAAAACUUAAAGUCCAAACUUGAAAUUUCACAAACAUUAACAAAAGAAACAAAUGUAAAGCGCACAGUACAAGUGCGUUGCGACUUCGAUUUUUCGGAACUAGAAAAUGAUGACAAAAAAGCAGGUUUUUCACAGGAUUAACAUAUUUACAACUACUUCAAUUGUGGAAAUUUCUGGCACCAGCUCUGCCACACUUAAAAUAUUGGAAUCGCAAGUCAGUGAAUAAAGAGUCGCUUCUCAUCUCUCCAAAAAAUGCUUUUUUAAUGACAUUAAUGCGUUUGCAUAAUGGAUAUACAAAUCAGGAUUUAGCUUACAGAUUUGGAACAAGUGCUGCAAACGUUUCUCAGAUAAUUCUGACUUGGAUUCAGUUUUUAUACAAGCAGAUGUUACCGUUAAAACAGUUCAUGUUUGCGGAUCGUGGAAGAAUCAGGGAAUUAAUGCCAGCUUGUUUUAAAAAGUACAAAAAUCUAAGAUGCAUAAUCGACUGCACAGAAUUUUUUUCCCAGAGACCAAGAAAUUUCCAACGACAAGGGAAUCUUUUCUCAUCUUACAAAUCUCAUACAACGUACAAAGUACUCGUUGCCAUUGCGCCUAAUGGUUCUAUAAUGUAUAUAAGUGAUGUUUAUGAGGGAUCCAUAUCAGACAGGGAAAUUGUUGCAAAGUCAGGGUUUUAGAUUUUUUGCACCCUGGUGAUACAGUUAUGGCUGACCGGGGGUUUAACAUUAAAGACUUGCUGAAUGAUCGGAAAGUAGACUUAAUAAUACCUCCAUUUUUAAUGGGUAGGAAACACUUAACACCACAAGAGGAGGCACUGACUAAAGAUAUUGCGAAGCAUAGAAUUCAUGUCGAAAGGUCUAUUGAAAGAGUGAAGAAAUUUAAGUUAUUACAGAAAACAUUACCAUUGGCUCUAGAGCCAGUUUUAACACAAAUUGUAUUUAUUGUAGCCUGUCUAGUCAAUUUUCAGGAACCUCUUGUCAGAUAAUGUGAAUACAUUUAUUAGGUGCAGUUACUAAGAACUGUAACUCUGAUUUCAGUGAUAAAUGAAACAGAAUGUAUGGAAUUUGUAAAAUAAUCUCGAAUACAGUUGGAAAGGAAAUACAAUGUAAAUUUAAGAAUUGAAUUAUUUUUUUUCGGAAUUCAAGCGAAAUGAAAGACAGAAUAGGAUGGGUAAAUUUUUGUGAUAUUCUGUCAUUCAAGUCACAUGAGUAGUAAAAAAAAUCAUUUCUUAAUUGAUAUCCAACUCUGUUGCAUGUUUGGAAGUUUACAGGUACUUGUGGAGAAUAGAUGGUGUACAAGUAAGAAAGCCAGGAAUACAAGUUACAGUUACAAAAAGUAUUUUGUGCAAAAGUAUUGUAAAAUGAAUUUAAACUAAAGACAAAUAUAAAAGAAUGUAAGACACUUUAAGGAUUUUCUAAUUAUUUUAUUAAAUUAAUAAACUGUGUUCUAGUUAUCAGUAAUAUAUUGUACUAUGUCAGAACAUAAUAAAGUAUGUCAAAGUAA